CCAACGGUUGGCUGACGGGAAUCAUUCAUUCGCGCGAAAGCUACGACCGGAACCGCCUCCCGGUUAGAGAACGCCCCCUGACAAAACUGGUACUCCUCCGUUUUAACUUCUAUUCGUUCGUCCCUUCUCGCUUCUCGCUCACUCGAACCUUUCGGCCAUCCGAGGGGCUACCACCCGGCCUCUCAUGGCGGACCAACUCCUCUCCACCGCGCCCCACCGCCGGACCCUCCCGGAGAGCUAUGUCCGGCCGGAGUCUCAGAGGCCCCGGCUCGCCGAAGUCGAGAGCGACGCAAACAUUUCCGUCGUCGACCUCGGCGCCGACGAUGAAUCGCCGAUCAUCUCCCAGAUCGGCGACGCCUGCCAAUCCUAUGGCCUCUUCCAGGUUGUGAACCAUGGGAUACCUGUUGAAUUGAUGCUCAAGAUGCUGGCGGUCGCUUUCGAGUUCUUCUGCCUCCCUCCGGAGGAGAAGGCCAAGCUAUACUCUGAUGAUCCCGCGAAGAAGAUAAGGCUGUCGACGAGCUUUAAUGUUAGGAAGGAGACAGUUCACAACUGGAGAGACUAUCUCCGGCUUCACUGCUAUCCUCUGGAGGAGUUCGUUCCAGAGUGGCCUUCCAAACCCGCUUCCUUCAGGGAAGUGGUGAGCAGCUACUGCAGGGAAGUUCGUCGACUAGGCUUCCGACUCCUUGGAUUGAUAUCUUUGAGCCUGGGUUUGGAGGAGGACUACAUUGAGAAGGUUCUUGGCGAGCAAGAACAGCACAUGGCCAUAAACUACUACCCCCGGUGCCCGGAGCCUGAGCUCACGUUUGGUCUACCAGCCCACACUGAUCCAAACGCUCUCACGAUUCUUCUUCAGGACCCAAAGGUGGCUGGCUUGCAGAUUCUGAAGGAUGACAAAUGGAUCCGAGUGGAUCCCCACCCCAAUGCAUUUGUCGUCAACGUAGGCGACCAACUACAGGCACUGAGCAAUGGUAGGUACAAGAGUGUUCGGCACCGGGCAGUGGUCAAUUCAGACAUGGAUAGGAUGUCGGUGGCAUCGUUCGUUUGUCCAUGUAACAGUGCGGUCAUUAGCCCUGCAAGGAAACUCACCGGCGAGGGAUCCCCAGCCAUAUAUAGGAGCUUCACAUACGAGGAGUACUACAAGAAGUUCUGGAGCAGGAACUUGGACCAGGAGCAUUGCUUGGAGCUUUUUAGGGGCUAGUCGGCAUCCACCAUGCCGUCAUCAAUUGAAUCAUUGGGUCUCCUUCUGCGGCCCACAUGGGACAAUUGACGACGGUGGUGGCUGGAGGUGUUCGAUUGAAUUUUGCCUUCCCCCCUUGUGGCUUUUCUUCUCAGAGCACUCACUUUCCCCUGCGUCAUGAGGGGAGAUUAGCCACUAGCUCGCCAAUGUGCUCCAACUGUGGCCUAGUAAAAUGUUGUAGUGGUUGUUUAAUUUGUACCUGCUCAUUGGACCAUCAUAUUCCCCUUAUUAUGUAUUGUAUUUUUCUAUUACCUGGUUCAAAUUCAGAUCGAAAAAUCUGCCGAUUAUGAAAUUAAA